AUGGAAGCCGAGAUGGAAGUCGAUACGCUUGAUCAACGUGGGACUAAACGCUCGGUUGAGGAAGAUGGGGCAUCCGAGCCAUCAAAGCCGAAGCGAAUCAAGGCCCUCGACCCUAAUGUCGUCAACAAGAUCGCCGCGGGCGAGAUAAUUGUUGCCCCGAUGCAUGCAUUGAAAGAGCUUAUUGAAAACGCUGUCGAUGCAGGUUCCACAUCCAUCGAGGUUCUUGUCAAGGAUGGGGGGUUGAAGCUGCUGCAGAUUACGGAUAAUGGACAUGGAAUUGAUCGUGAAGAUCUUCCAAUCCUAUGCGAGCGAUUCACAACGUCAAAGCUCAAGGAGUUUGAGGAUCUAUCAUCUAUCGGCACCUAUGGAUUCCGCGGUGAAGCAUUGGCAAGUAUUAGCCACAUUGCCCAUUUGAUGGUGACGACCAAGACGGCAGGCUCUAGCUGUGCCUGGCGAGCACAUUAUGGAGAGGGAAAACUGGUUCCUGCCAAACCUGGGCAGAAUGCAGCCCCGAAAGCUACAGCAGGGCGUGGAGGAACCCAGAUUACGGUGGAAGACUUAUUCUACAACAUCCCCAGUCGCCGUCGUGCAUUCCGCUCUUCAAGCGAAGAAUACGCCAAAAUCCUUGAUGUCGUUGGCAGAUAUGCAGUGCACUGCUCGGGGGUUGCCUUUUCGUGUCGGAAGCAUGGUGACUCUGGAGUGAGCAUCUCAACUCCAUCUGCCGCAAAUACGGUUGACCGUAUCCGGCAGAUUCAUGGGAGUGCAGUCGCAAACGAAUUGGUCGAAUUCGAGUCUUCAGACCAAAAGCUUGGUUUUCAUGCAUCGGGUCUAGCUACCAACGCCAAUUAUCAUGUUAAGAAGACGACCAUUCUGCUCUUCAUCAAUCACCGUGCUGUGGAAUCAACUGCAAUAAAACGUGCCGUUGAGCAAACAUACUCCGCAUUCCUACCUAAGGGCGGACAUCCUUUCGUUUACCUUGAUUUGGAAGUCGAGCCCCAUCGUGUCGAUGUCAAUGUGCACCCGACUAAACGAGAGGUUAAUUUCCUCAAUGAAGAGGAAAUUAUCGAGAUGGUCUGCAGUGAGAUAAGAUCUAAGCUAGCUCAAGUCGACUCGAGUCGCACGUUUCUGACUCAAAGCCUCUUGCCUGGUGUACAAACCAUUGAGUCCAUCCAGCGUGACCAAGAUAGCGAGGAUCCAGCAGAUGGGAAGGCCGCUCCUACGCCUAAAACUCCAGCCACAUCCAAAAGGCCAAAUGAGAACAAUCUUAUCAGAACGGAUUCAAAAGUCCGUAAAAUCACCUCUAUGCUCGCUCCCUCCCCUUCCCAACAUCAUCCCGAUACAUCUACCGAGUCCGGCAACCUAAUCACUUCUGUCUUGGAUGACGGCCUUCAAUAUGAGACUACAGAUCGUCAGCCGCUCCGAAUCGCCCUAUCAUCUGUCAAAAGCCUGCGCAGUGCCGUUCGUUCCGAUAUGCACAACACACUAACCGAGAUGUUUGCAUCGCAUACCUACGUCGGUCUUGUAGACGAGCGAAGACGCCUGGCAGCCAUCCAGUCUGGAGUCAAACUCUACCUCGUCGACUAUGGACUUGCCUGUAACGAAUUCUUCUACCAAGUCGGCCUGACAGAUUUCGGGAACUUCGGCACAAUUCGUCUCGAUCCACCACCAAAAUUGGUUGAUUUACUAAACAUUGCAGCGGAAACAGAGCAGCAAGAGCAGGAUCAUGGCUCCGACGAGGGAGCUGAUAAAAUCUUCUCUCAGGCCGCAGAAAUCGUAUCACGAAGUCUGAUUGAACGCCGCGAGAUGCUAGACGAGUACUUCUCGAUAAAGAUCAGUGAGGAUGGAAAGUUACUCACCAUCCCGCUACUGUUGAAGGGAUAUGUUCCUUCCUUGGCCAAACUUCCUCGGUUCUUGCUCCGAUUGGGUCCCUAUGUGGAUUGGACUGGAGAAGAAGAGUGUUUCCGCACUUUCUUGCGUGAGCUUGCGGCUUUUUAUACACCCGAACAACUUCCAGUCCCACCUUCUCAGCUUGCAGCAGUUGAUGAGGGUUCUAAUGAACCCGCUCCAGAGACUGAAGACCCAUUCAUUGUUACUCGUCGCGCGCAGAUGGUCCAAAUGCUGGAAUACGCGAUCUUCCCAGCGCUUCGUGCUCGACUGGUCGCUACAUCCCGGAUGUUGCAGGGUGUGGUGGAGGUCGCAGAUCUGAAGGGUCUCUAUAGAGUAUUUGAGCGGUGCUGA